AUGGCAUCACCGGCGCCCGAUGAGGUCGGGCCGGGAUCCCUGCGAAAAAGAUCUGAGAGUGUUACAGAAGCCGAGUCGUUGCAGCUGGAGGACAUGCGACCAGAGAUCAGAGACCGAGCACAGUCCGUUUCCCAAAAUGAAGUCCAACCACCGAGCACCGGCUUCGACGCUGCCGAUCGUGUCUUCCCUAUUCGAUCAUUCGUUUCGGUCGACCCUAGACCCAUAGGACACCAUGCGGCUACAGCGCAGGCGCGGGCGGCACGUUCGCCAACGCGGGAAGGAGCUCGACAAUAUUCGUUCAUCGACGAACUUACGUGGAAUCAGAUGCAGUCACAACCUCCCUCCAAUGCGGAACUGAGCGAACCGACCAUUCCCACCAAUAUCGAACGCCACGAGACACAUGAGGUAGCUGACAGCACCGAGCUUGCAGCACAUUCGAUGGCAUCCGCGGUUGUCCAGCACCCCGAAGUCUAUGCCAAACCCACCAGCGAUAACCACUCUGGCACUGGUUCGACCGCCCACCCAAACGCCCCAACCCCGCUAUGUGAUGAACAAGGCUUUUAUACUGCUCGCUUCAGACAUGUCCUGACAGAAAAUGGACAUGCUGUGAUCACGGGACGGGACGGCCAGGCAUUUCAAUACUGCGAAGAUGAACCAAUUCACAUCCCAGGCGCGAUUCAAAGUUUUGGUGUUAUGCUUGCUUUGCGAGAGGAGUCGCCUAAUCAGCUUGUGGUGCGUGUGGUGAGCGAAAACUCGACUGCUCUCUUUGGUCGUUCGCCCAAGCAACUAUUCGAAUUGGAGAACUUUUGCGAAAUCAUGCACGAAGAUCAAGCAGAUAACCUUCUGGAUCACGUCGACUUCGUUCGAGAUGAUGCUUAUGAUCCUACAAUUGAUGGACCGGAGGUAUUUUCCUUGAAGAUUCACACGCCAUCCAAGGAGACCCGUCAAUUCUGGUGCGCCGUUCAUGUUUGCCAAACACAAAAGGAUUUGAUCAUUUGCGAGUUCGAGCUGGAAGACGACGAGGUCAACCCAUUAAAUGUCGCGGGUGCUACCACCCCGGCGUCUCCAACCGAUACUUUGGGUGUUACUCCAACCCCAGCACAAUUGGCUGCAAGCACAAUAAACGUCAGCCAACCUCUGCGUAUUCUUCGCAAUGCUCGGAGGAGGAGGGGUGAAGCAGCCUCGAUGGAAGUUUUUAGCAUCUUCACCCAAAUCCAGGAGCAGCUGAGUCGUGCAAAUGAUUUGGAUCAAUUGCUGAAUACAACUGCUGGUUUGGUGAAGGAGCUGACCGGCUUCCACAGGGUCUUGAUCUAUCAGUUUGACAGCAGUUGGAACGGCAUGGUUGUUGCUGAACUGGUUGAUCCCAGUGUUACAAUUGAUCUCUUCAAGGGUCUCCAUUUCCCUGCAUCCGACAUUCCUGCGCAGGCGAGAGAGUUAUACAAAAUCAAUAAAGUGAGGUUGUUGUACGAUCGUGACCAUACCACCUCUCGCCUCGUUUGCCGUACAGUGGAAGACCUCGAAACCCCUCUCGACAUGACACAUGCAUUUUUGAGAGCGAUGUCGCCCAUCCACAUCAAGUAUCUCGGUCACAUGAAGGUCCGAUCUUCAAUGUCUAUCAGUGUCAAUGCUUUCAACGAUCUAUGGGGCUUGAUUUCCUGCCAUAGCUACGGUACAGCGGGAAUGCGUGUCUCUUUCCCAAUCCGCAAAAUGUGCCGACUUCUUGGUGAUUGCGUGUCACGAAACAUCGAGAGGCUUUCCUACGCAUCGCGCCUGCAAGCACGAAAACUGAUCAAUACUGUUCCUACUGAGGCCAACCCGUCCGGUUACAUUAUUGCGUCCUCGGAUGAUCUGCUAGCACUUUUCGAUGCAGACUAUGGUGUUUUGUCGAUUCGAGACGAGACCAAGAUUCUUGGCGAUAAAAACCACUCUCAGGAGCUACUUGCACUGCUGGAGUACCUCCGCCUACGUCAGAUGAACUCUGUGCUUGCAUCGCAUGAUAUUACGAAGGAUUUCCCUGAUCUGCAGUACGCCCCGGGAUUGAGGGCCAUCUCGGGACUCCUAUAUGUUCCACUUUCCACCGCCGGCAGUGACUUCAUUGUCUUCUUCCGCCGCGGACAACUCACAGAGAUCAAAUGGGCGGGUAAUCCAUACGAAAUUGCCAAGCGGAAAGAGACUGCCGGGUAUCUGGAACCUCGCGAAAGUUUCAAGGCGUGGCAGGAGACAGUACUAUCUCAGAGUCGAGAGUGGACGGAGACGGAUGUUGAGACUGCUGCAGUGCUAUGCCUCGUGUAUGGUAAAUUCAUUAAAGUCUGGCGCCAGAAGGAAGCUGCCAUGCAAACUUCACAACUCACUCGACUGCUACUUGCCAACUCCGCGCACGAGGUUCGCACACCGUUGAAUGCUAUCAUCAACUAUCUUGAGAUUGCCCUCGAGGGUGCGCUCGAUGCAGACACCCGCGAGAGUCUGACCAAAUCUCAUUCAGCUUCCAAAUCCCUUAUCUAUGUCAUCAACGAUCUGCUUGACUUAACAAACACAGAGAAAGGACAGGAGUUGAUCAAAGAUGAAAGCUUUGACCUUGAAACCACUUUCAGGGAGGCCGCUGACAUGCUCUCCGGCCAGGCCAAGCGAAAGAACAUCUCUUAUAGCGUGACAGUCCACCCUGGUAUACCUCACUCGGUGCUUGGAGAUCAGCGGCGUGUCCGCCAAGUCUUGUCAAACGUCAUUUCGAAUGCAAUUCAAAAUACCACCUCGGGCGCUGUUACCACGGAGAUGUGGCGGUCGGCGAACCAGGCUGUGGCUGGUUCUGUUGCAGUGGAGAUGAUGGUUGUCGACACAGGGUGCGGUAUGUCUGAGAAGAAGCUAGAGUCUCUAUUUCACGAACUUGAACAAGUUUCCACCGAUGAAACUUAUUACCCAGAGGAAGAGCUAGAAGAACAGGAGUCAGACUCGGCCAAACAAUCGAAGAAACGUGUAUUGGGUCUUGGCCUUGCCCUAGCAGCGAGAAUUGUUCACAACAUGCAAGGACAGCUUGGUGUCAGAUCAGAAGAAGGAAAGGGUAGCCGAUUCAAGAUUUUAUUGCAAUUCAAGCUACCAGAAGGAGCUUCACCUGACAACAUCCCUUCUGCGGGCCCUGUUGUUCCCCCGACUCCGCUGUUAUCUGACAAGGAGUUCACGCUCAUCGGUGGCUCGUAUGAGCCUCGUGAUCGUGAUCGUGAUCCAAGAAGGAGAAGCACUGAAAGUCUCAACAGCGGCGGUAGCUCUCGCAGUGGAAAGAGCCAAGCCGACCGUCUCAUCAGCGCCAUGCAAGAACCAGCCAUGGAAAGGAGAAGUCCGAGCCACGACUCAGACUCCAAAUCACCUGAUCCUCGACAGCUCAGAAUGGGCAGUCCUGUAAGCACGAGCAGCCAUGGGCUCCUGAGUACGGGCAGUCAUGGUCAGUCUUUAACUUCACCGGUGCCCACGCACACUUCGAAGCGAUCAACUUUGACAGAGCACCGAGCGGCCCUCUCUUCCGCCUCAUAUACGCCGGCGAGUAUGUUGUACCCGCUUGUAUCACCCCCUCCGCCAGGCAUGGAGAACAUCACGGACUCUGGAGUGCCGAUGAGUGCUUUACGAGUGUCCCAGCAAUCUGCAAACACGCCAUCCAAUUUGCAGCGAGUUGAGGAUAAUUCAUUUUUCCCCCGCGUGGAAACUAUCACAGAAACAUCGCAGCGCUCAACCAAUGCUACCGGAUCUAUAUCAACAAAUGUCUCGCCAGAUUAUGAGCUGCUUCACGUACUGGUUGCGGAGGAUGACCCAGUCAACAGCAAGAUCGUGUCAAAACGGCUAACCAAGCUUGGUCAUAAAGUCCACUUAACCAGCAACGGAGAAGCCUGUGCCACCGCGUUCGGAUCAACGGAGGAACCCUUCGAUGUGGUGCUGAUGGAUAUCCAGAUGCCGAUUGUCGAUGGCAUUGAAGCCACAAAGAUGAUUCGCGACUACGAGAACAAGACUCCAAAGGGUGCGCUUUCAGACAAAGCAAGAAAAGGCAACAACCGUGCGCCCAUCUUUGCAGUAUCUGCAUCCUUGCUUGAGAAAGAAAAGGAUAACUACACCGAUGCCGGAUUCGAUGGCUGGGUCAUGAAGCCAAUCAAUUUUGCUCGGUUGAAUGUCCUUUUCAGCGGCCUCUGUGACCCCGAGGCCCGACGAGGAGCCACCUACGAGCCCGGUGAAUGGGAGAACGGUGGAUGGUUUGAGUCCCACUAG